UUACUUACUCAGUACAUAUCGCUGUUUUGGUUUGCAAUUAUCGCCUGUAGCGGUUCGGUUUAUAUUUGACGAUUAAUGCUGGCUUAAUUAUAUUCAAAAACUUAGAUUUCUUUCCUUUUUUUUAAGUCAAACUCUGUGUUACAAUUUCCUCUUGGUACAGAUCAUCCACUGCCUGGAUGCUACAAGAAGACUGAGUGAAGAAACCUGGUUUACCUUUUUAACUUUGCUGUUUGAUCCUGGAAAAACAAAAUGUUGUUGCAGCUGCCACUGGUGAGGUGUCUACUUCCUCUGGCUCAUCUACCUGCCUAACCUGAACUCACCCCACCCUCCGUCGAGCUCGGCCUCACCCAGCCCCCGCACCGAGCCCAAGCCUCAAGUCAGCCACGCUCCCUCCCUCUCCUCCCGGCUUCCUCUACUUCUUUCUCCUAAAGUUUUUUUAACGCUGCAUUAUGGCAGGGAGAGGCGGACAAGCACGGACCAACGGUACCGCGGCAAGCAACAAGAUCUGCCAGUUUAAGCUCGUGCUUUUGGGGGAGUCGGCGGUGGGAAAGUCCAGCUUGGUGCUUCGCUUCGUCAAAGGCCAGUUCCACGAGUACCAGGAGAGCACCAUCGGAGCUGCCUUCCUCACACAGACGGUAUGUUUGGAUGACACAACAGUCAAGUUUGAGAUCUGGGACACUGCAGGACAGGAACGGUAUCACAGCUUGGCACCUAUGUACUACAGGGGAGCCCAGGCCGCCAUCGUGGUCUACGACAUCACCAACACAGAUACAUUCACACGUGCAAAGAACUGGGUGAAGGAGCUCCAGCGACAAGCCAGCCCGAAUAUUGUUAUUGCACUGGCAGGGAACAAAGCAGACCUGGCCAACAAGAGGGCUGUAGAUUUCCAGGAAGCACAAGCAUAUGCAGAUGACAACAGUUUGCUCUUCAUGGAGACGUCAGCCAAGACUGCUAUGAAUGUCAAUGAGAUUUUUAUGGCUAUAGCCAAGAAGCUUCCUAAGAACGAGCCUCAGGGUGCAGCGGGCGCCGGUGGACGAACCAGAGGCGGCGUUGACUUGCAGGAAGCUGCCCCACAGGGCAGAAGUGGCCAGUGCUGUGGCGGCGGGAACUAACCAACACCACCGAGUCAGCUGAUCCAACCAAUCUAACAGCUCCGAUCAACCAGACCAGAUAUUAGCCAGCUGUCAAACAAUGUCCCAAAACCACAACCGACCAAAAUCACAACUGUGUAUUGAAAACAUAUUGCUGUAUUUGUAUCAGACUUUUCAAGUUUAUAAUCAAUCUGUAGUUAUUGUCAAAACAAUAUCUUCCCAAUCUCUACAUGAUGUUUUGUCAACCUUAAUUAUUUUGUUUUUUUUUUUUAAUUGUCUUAAUUUUUUUUUUCUGAAGAUCUAUGGUAUUAAAUGCACUGGUUCUGUCUCAUCAUCUUUUCGUGAAUUGAGAUGUUGUCCCCAUCCUUUGCUUUCUUUUUGUCUUUUCUUUCUUUCUUUUAACUCUUCAUAUCAGGGAGGGAUUCCUUUUAACAGUGUUGUCAUCCUACGAUGACAUCAACAACUAGCACAACGACACCUGCACAGCAGCCACCGCUGUUAGCAGGUGGGGGAUAAUGGGGGGGCUGGAAGCUCGGGCCAGGGGUCGAAAAGGAAGUGGGGAAAAACUGAUAAUUUUACGAAUAAACAAAGGGAAGAUAUCUUU